CGGGCCCGCGCGUCCCAGCCCGGCUGCAGCGGAGCGCUCCGGGCCAGUUCUGCAGAAGACGGCGGCUGGCUGGCCGGGACGGUCACAUCCCGCUGCAGGAGUCCGGCUUCGGCCGCCGCACUGUCCUCUGCACCGGGGACGCAGGCCAGCUGCCAGGCCUCGCCGGCAACGCCCCCCGCUCAGAGUCAGACUACGCGGGGCCCUUGGGAAGGCUGGGGGCCGGCCCGCGGCCCGCGGCCACUCCGCCUCUGCCCUCUCUGCCCGCACUUCGGCCGUCGCUGCCCGCCUUGGCGGGCUCCUGUCGGGAUGGGGUAGGGCCAGCGCCAGUCUGGCGAUGGGCCGCCCACUGGGCACCGAGCAGCCCCCCGAGGCCUGACCGACCACGAGGACCCGGGAGGAUCUUCGCCUGGAUGUCAAGUGGAUGCCUCUGGCCCCUCCAGCGAACUCGGUGGAAACCAUGGCUUCUUUGAUACCUCUUUCCCCAUAUCUGAGUCCCACGGUCCUCCUGCUGGUCAGCUGUGACCUGGGUUUUGUACGGGCAGACCGACCUCCCUCUCCUGUGAAUGUGACGGUCACUCAUCUCAGAGCCAACUCGGCCACUGUGUCCUGGGACGUCCCAGAAGGCAACAUCGUCAUUGGCUACUCCAUUUCCCAGCAAAGACAGAAUGGCCCCGGGCAGCGUGUAAUUAGGGAGGUGAACACCACCACCAGGGCCUGUGCUCUUUGGGGCCUGGCUGAAGACAGUGACUACACAGUGCAGGUCAGGAGCAUCGGCCUCCGGGGAGAGAGCCCCCCAGGGCCCCGUGUGCACUUCCGCACUCUCAAGGGUUCUGACAGGCUGCCCUCCAACAGCUCCAGCCCAGGUGAUAUUACAGUGGAGGGUCUGGAUGGAGAGCGGCCAUUGCAGACAGGAGAAGUCGUCAUCAUUGUGGUGGUAUUGCUCAUGUGGGCUGCUGUAAUUGGGUUAUUCUGCCGUCAGUAUGACAUCAUCAAGGACAAUGACUCCAACAACAACCCCAAGGAGAAGGGGAAGGGACCUGAACAGAGUCCUCAGGGAAGGCCAGUGGGGACAAGACAGAAAAAGUCUCCAUCCAUCAACACCAUUGACGUUUGAUUGUACAAGGAACCAGAACCAGAAGAUAGGGUGCACUGUAUAAAUACAUGGGGUUGGGGUGAGGUCAGGGAAAGCCUAAGAAGGUAAUCUGCUUGAGACUCCCACAAGGCAUUUCGCUCCCAGAAUCUCAGGCUGGUACCCAUCCUCUUUCCACUGUGAGCAGGGCCAGAAUGUAUGUCUGGUAGACUCUGUACCCCUGGACCUGGGAGUGGAUAUCAAAUGGAACAUCUCCUCCCAUCCCCCAGGUCCAGGGGAGAAUCACUUAUUCAACCCUAUCCCACUAGGUCCCGGAUAGGGGCCCCAUGUCACCUGCAUCAGGACUAUUGGCACCCACAAGCUGUCCCACAGCUUGCCUCUGGGCUCAGAGAGGGGUGUUUUUGUCGGUGUUGUCCUCCUCCAGUGAGUAAGAAGACCCAUCUGGGCCUAGAGGCAGACACUGCACUAUUCCAAUGUCUUCCACGGAGCCUCUGGUGCUCCUCCCUCACCUGGCAGCCUCUCCAGCUGCUGGUGAUCUCACCCCUGGGACAUUUUUCCAAUAAAGGUUCUUGGACAAACUGGAACUGACUGGUAUACUGAAGACAUCUCUACACCUUGUCAGUUCUCACGCCUCCACCUGAAAGGACAGUCAUUAUAAGAUGUUUGCAUCAAUGAAUCAAUGUUUUCAUCUAAGAUGGGCUGAGAAAGACAAAAGGGAAGGGGGAUGGAAAGCCAGAGGCCUCCCUUCUUUGUCUUUGCUGAAUGAGAAGAGAGAAAAUGAGAAGUCACAGACGUUUUCAUACCAACGGAAACCAGGCCAUGUCACAUAAAAGGGCCAGUAGAUUUUUUUCUUUAAUCUUUGUUCAGGACCUUGUGCAUACAAAGCAAAUGUUCUACCAUUGAAUUAUAUAACCAAUCCCUUCCCCACUCUUUUGACUCCACCACUCACUUUGGGGAAAUGGUCAGAAGGGCUGAGCUGUCUUGGGAGCUGACGGGAGAACAGCCACCAUUAAUGUGCCCUUGGUGCCAUGUGUCCUCAACCCGGGCACACCAGUGCCUCUUCUUUGUUUUCUUUUCCAUCUAUGUCUCUGUUCAUUCAAAGUUAAUAAUAAUUGUAAUCCAUAAAUGAGUUUAUAUUUAUACUCUAACAUAUCCAGAGGAUUCUAGAAAUAAAGCUGAGGGGUUUGGAUGCCCCUGUCAAAAAAAUUGUAA